AUGAAAUUCCCGGGCUCCGUGCUGGCGUCCGUGUUCCUGUUCGUGGCCGAGACGACGGCGGCGCUGUACCUGAGCAGCACCUACCGCUCGGGCGGGGACGGCAUGUGGCAGGCGCUGACGCUGCUUUUCUCGCUGCUGCCCUGCGCUCUCGUGCAGCUCACGCUCCUCUUCGUGCACCGCGACUUCAGCCGCGACCGCCCGCUCGUGCUGCUGCUGCACCUGCUGCAACUCGGGCCGCUCUUCAGGUGUUUUGAAGUCUUCUGCAUCUAUUGUCAGUCAGGCCACAUCGAAGAGCCAUAUGUCAGCAUCACUAAGAAGCGACAGAUGCCAAAAAAUGGCUUCUCAGAAGAAGUUGAGAAGGAGGUGGGCCAGGCCGAGGGCAAGCUCUUCACUCACCGGUCUGCGUUCAGUCGCGCAUCGGUGAUCCAGGCCUUCCUGGGCUCAGCCCCCCAGCUGACUCUGCAGCUGUAUAUAAGCACCCUGCAGCAGGACGUCACUAUCGGAAGAUUCCUGAAGACUGAGGACGGUAACGCAGUGACACAGCUGCUGAUCUGGCCAGGCAGCGUAGACUUACCGAAGUAUUUGACCCCUAUAAUGGGUUCCCCAAUCACUAUGAAGUUCAAAGGGGAUUCCCCAAAAGAGCAGGCCUCCCUCAUCUAUGCGCAGCACUGGGGACUAGAUGAGGCUGUGGGCUCUGGUACCCGGGCCUCACCACUCCCUGGGUUGGGGCACGGCUUCCACCUGAGAGUAGGUGUUAUCCUCAAAGAGGCGGCUCAGGUGCUGGUUGUUGCCCAGGGCCCUCUGCACUUGUUCUGGGGUGCUGUGCAUUUUGUGGUUGUUCGGGGCCUCCUGGCCUGCCAGCUCCAGGAUGUUGGCCAUCAG